ACAAUGCCAACCACCCUUUUGACUACGCUCAAGCCAACUGAGGAAUCCACACUUUUGACCACAAAGCCAACUACAGUGUCGACCACACUACGGACAACUCUACCCACAACUACGACACAAACUACACAACGUACAACUCAGCAAACAACAAUGCCUACAACUAGUCUGACAACGUCAAUGACCACCGACGAAUCUACAGCACUGACAACCAAGUCUACAACGGCACAAACAACGCAGCUGACAACUCAAGCCACAACGACGAGACAAACGACAUUAAAAACAACUCAUAGAACAACAAUGCCAACCACUCUUUUGACUACGCUCAAGCCCACUGAGGAAUCCACACUUUUGACCACAAAGCCAACUACAGUAUCGACCACACUACGGACAACUCUACCCACAACUACGACACAAACUACACAACGUACAACUCAGCAAACAACAAUGCCUACAACUAGUCUUACAACGUCAAUGACAACCGACGAAUCUACAGCACUGACAACCAAGUCUACAACGGCACAAACAACGCAGCUGACAACUCAAGCCACAACGACGACACAAACUACACAACGUACAACUCAGCAAACAACAAUGCCUACAACUAGUCUUACAACGUCAAUGACAACCGACGAAUCUACAGCACUGACAACCAAGUCUACAACGGCACAAACAACGCAGCUGACAACUCAAGCCACAACGACGAGACAAACUACAUUAAGUACAACUCAUCAAACAACAAUGCCCACAACUUUUCUCACCACGCACAAGACAACUGACGAAUCCACACUAUUGACAACAAAACCAACUACAAUAGCAACCACGCUGCGGACAACCCUACCUACAACUACGAGACAAACGACAUUAAAAACAACUCAUAGAACAACAAUGCCAACCACUCUUUUGACUACGCUCAAGCCCACUGAGGAAUCAACACUUUUGACCACAAAGCCAACUACAGUAUCGACCACACUACGGACAACUCUACCCACAACUACGACACAAACUACACAACGUACAACUCAGCAAACAACAAUGCCUACAACUAGUCUGACAACUUCAAUGACAACCGACGAAUCUACAGCACUGACAACCAAGUCUACAACGGCACAAACAGCGCAGCUGACAACUCAAGCCACAACGACGAGACAAACGACAUUAAAAACAACUCAUAGAACAACAAUGCCAACCACUCUUUUGACUACGCUCAAGCCCACUGAGGAAUCCACACUUUUGACCACAAAGCCAACUACAGUGUCGACCACACUACGGACAACUCUACCCACAACUACGACACAAACUACACAACGUACAACUCAGCAAACAACAAUGCCUACAACUAGUCUGACAACGUCAAUGACAACCGACGAAUCUACAGCACUGACAACCAAGUCUACAACGGCACAAACAACGCAGCUGACAACUCAAGCCACAACGACGAGACAAACUACAUUAAGUACAACUCAUCAAACAACAAUGCCCACAACUUUUCUCACCACGCACAAGACAACUGACGAAUCCACACUAUUGACCACAAAACCAACUACAAUAGCAACCACGCUGCGGACAACCCUACCUACAACUACGAGACAAACGACAUUAAAAACAACUCAUAGAACAACAAUGCCAACCACUCUUUUGACUACGCUCAAGCCCACUGAGGAAUCCACACUUUUGACCACAAAGCCAACUACAGUAUCGACCACACUACGGACAACUCUACCCACAACUACGACACAAACUACACAACGUACAACUCAGCAAACAACAAUGCCUACAACUAGUCUUACAACGUCAAUGACAACCGACGAAUCUACAGCACUGACAACCAAGUCUACAACGGCACAAACAACGCAGCUGACAACUCAAGCCACAACGACGAGACAAACUACAUUAAGUACAACUCAUCAAACAACAAUGCCCACAACUUUUCUCACCACGCACAAGACAACUGACGAAUCCACACUAUUGACAACAAAACCAACUACAAUAGCAACCACGCUGCGGACAACCCUACCUACAACUACGAGACAAACGACAUUAAAAACAACUCAUAGAACAACAAUGCCAACCACUCUUUUGACUACGCUCAAGCCAACUGAGGAACCCACACUUUUGACCACAAAGCCAACUACAGUAUCGACCACACUACGGACAACUCUACCCACAACUACGACACAAACUACACAACGUACAACUCAGCAAACAACAAUGCCUACAACUAGUCUGACAACGUCAAUGACAACCGACGAAUCUACAGCACUGACAACCAAGUCUACAAUGGCACAAACAACGCAGCUGACAACUCAAGCCACAACGACCGUAAAUAACACUUAA